UACAUACAGACACAUGUACAUACACACACACAAACAGAGACACCUGUACACACACACACAUGUACAGACACACAUACAUGUACAUACACACACAGACAUGUACAUACACACAUAUACACACACAAAUAUAUGUACAUACACGCAAACACGUACAAAUACACACAUGUACAUGCAUACACAGACAGAGCCGGCUACGGUACUCUAGGGGGAGGCAGAGAACACAGCACACACUCCUUCCUUUGCUUUCAAUUUGCUCAACUAUUGAGCAGUCUGACGGCUCCCAGUGCCAAUGAUAGAUCUGGCCCUGAGUUCCAAGCCUGCUCAGCAAGACGGCCCUGGGGAAACACUCGCCCCCACCAUAAUUUCCACUUGCCAAUGUGAGCAGGCGAGUGGAAAUUUCAAGGCCUGGCCUA